CAACAGCGCAGGCAGGGAGGAGGAUGGGUCAGGUUGUUGGGACUGGGUUCCCUUAAUCUCGAAGGGGGGAGGGCAGAACGGCUCUGCCGCCCCAGUCUCCCGCGGAGCAGCGGGUUUGAGGGGAAGCUAGCGGAGGCUUUGCUCUGCCUCACGGGUGGCUGUGCUCCAGCGAGCGUGUGUGCGCGCCCCGACAGCAAUGGUGAGCUCUGCCCUGCAAAUUGUCGGCCUGGUGCUGGGGGUCAUCGGCUUGGUGGGGACGUGCGCGGUAACCGGACUGCCCCAGUGGAGGGUGACCGCCUUCAUCGGGGACAACCUGGUGGUGUUUGAGAACAGGUGGGAAGGUUUGUGGAUGAACUGCGUUCGGCAGGUCAACAUCCGAAUGCAGUGCAAGAUAUACGACUCCCUGCUGGCCCUUCCGCCCGAGCUGCAAGCCAGCCGUGCCCUGAUGUGCGUUGCGGUGGCUCUGCAGUUCCUGACCAUCUUCCUGGCCGCCGCGGGCAUGAAAUGCACCCGCAGCCAGUUUGGAAGCGAGCGGGCGAAAAGUCGCAUCCUGAUCGCAGCCGGCGUUAUGUUUAUAUUCGGCGGGAUUCUCGUCCUGAUCCCCGUUUCCUGGGUUGCAAACGCCAUCAUCAGGAAUUUCUACAACCCACUGGUUCCCAACGCGCAGAAACAUGAAAUUGGAGAGGCGCUCUUCAUCGGCUGGGCGACCGCCGGCUCCCUGAUAGCGGCGGGUGCCAUCCUCUGCUGCUCCUGUCCACCCGAAGACGGGAAAAGUUACAGUUAUGCCCCUGCACGCUGUGGAAAGUACAACCAGCACCAGCCGACGCGGAAAAUCCCAAGCAUGUAUUCCAAAAGUGAAUUUGUGUAGGUCACUGCGAUCUGCAGAGAUUUAGAGACCUGCCAGUCCAAAGAACAGAACCUGGGAGGGUUAAAAUUACAUUGCCGAAACCUUUCAGGAUUUGCAAGGAGAAAAUGGGCACGUAUGGAAAUUGUUCUGAUCAGAUAUCUGUAUUUUAUAAUCUUUGUAAAGCAGCUCUAUAAAAAAGAUCUAAGAAGGCAACUUUUAUUUUUUAAAUUGCAACAUAUAUUUAAUAAUCAACUAUUUAAAUAUUUGAAAUGAUUGUGAUAACUUGUAAUAAUUUUUACAAUAUCUAUGAGAGCUUUUUUUAAAAAGGGCAAUUUUGAAAAAAGUUGGGACAUUCUGUGGGACAAAAGUUCUGUGGGACAUUACUCUUUAAUGCUUUCUUACAUUUGAACAUUGUUCAAAGAAAAAUCAUCUGUACUUAUAUUUUCUAUGAAUCAUAUGCUAGUGUUGAGCUACCGUGGAAUCAGGUCAUAAAUAAUUAAAUAGUUUUAUUAUCUGAAAAGUAAGUUAGUUUAUCAAUUGUUGGAUUGGGUACCAUGAUAUUUUUUGAAUGCAACAUUUGUACAUUAUUUAAAACAAAAGUUUUGAGGAUCGCAGUCUCAUUUUCAGGUGUUGACGUUCUUCCUGAGCUGCAGGUUUCCCUUUGCCUUGAGUUUAUGGUCAGUGAGGUUAAUGGGUGAUUUCUUCUCAGAUUUCCUUUUCAUGACCUUUGGAAAAUAAUUGGCAGUAGUAGCACAGGAGCAGCUGAGGCAGCUCACCUUCUUUCCUAAAAGUCUAAUAUUGUUUCUUUCAUAUGGGGAAGUAUUUGGCUGCCACUCAGAUUUCCUGCACCAAAACCAGCAACCAUGCUUGUGAAACCUAACAACAAAAAGCUGCUAUCUACAACUACACUGGCUUAUCCUUUGGACUCAGCAGACACGUGCAUUGUCCCACAAGAUAACUAAUUCCGGCAUCUACAGUCUCUUGUGUCUCCAAAAUUACUACUGCUUAGUUUUAGGAUUCAAUAACAUAUAUAAUCCAGUGAGCAUUGCUUGUAUGUUUCAUUGUUUGAUUCAAUUUACAGUGCUCAUUUAAAUACAUUAGUUUCAUAUGGAUUCUGAGAGGCAUUUGACAACCACUAGUGAUACUUUGUGGACUCCUGAAACAGCCUGUGUAUAGGAGUGGUUUGAGUGAUUGUCCACAGUGUUGUGGAUUCCCUGAACAUUUUACCCACAUUCACAUUUAGCACUGCUGAAACUUGAGGUUGUGUUAUUUCAGUACGGAAGGGUGGGGACAGGUUUGAAAUGAGUUUAUUCAUUAGGAGUUGCAGCUUCACAUAAAACAUGAUGGAGUGAUGUUUACAAAAAUAGGUAGCCAAGGUGAGGUGCUGAUUUAAGCACAUCUGAGAUUGUCUUCAUUGCAGUGUUUAUCUUGGAGUCAAGCAAAUCCAGUCACAAGCUGCUUGUUCACACUGGGACAGGGCACUCAAAUAUUGAAUGGCAUUGGCUUUUUACAUCCUUUCGCCUCCACCUUGUAACACCUGGUGUGGGAUUAGUAAAUCGUAAUGUACUGUUUUCUUUCCAAUACAUAAAUUGUACUUCAGUUUUCCUGUCUGCAGAAAUCCAAGCUAAUGCAGAGGGAGCAGAGACUAUCCAACUAAACACUUGUUUCAGAAAUUCCUGUUUCUCACAUUAACAAAAUAUAUUUGAAGGAAUGAGAACUGACCAAACUUUGUGCAACAAAUGCUUAUGGUGAAUUUUAAAGUGCUCAUUACAUGUAAGUUAUACUGAAGAAAAUAUACAUUUGAAUGUCAA